UAUUUAUUUAUUUAUUUAUCUUGAGAAUCAUUAUUUAUUUAUUCCUCAAACCCAAUUUUCCAUCCAAUUUAAUUUCGAUUCAUUUCCCCAUUCCUCAAUCAAAUCAAAUUAGCUUCUCCGCUUCUUCCUCCGCCAAAUCAUAAAAACCCUUAAAAUUUCCCGAUCCUUACUGUAACUCUCGUCUUUGUUCAACAAUAAAACAUCACUGAUCGGAAAAUUUAGCCGAAUUGUAAUCCACGAAUCUCUGCAACUUCAGAAAUUUCGCAAUCUCGGAUAGCUUUAAUCUGAUUUUGUUGGUCGAUUUUUUUCACAAAUUUCGAAGCAUGAAAGAAGGGAAAUCCGUAAAAUUGAACGGUCCACAGCAGCACCAGAACGGGCAUUUGUCGCCUUUCAAAUUCGCGAAGUUAUUGGAUCCAGAAGCUUCGUGGGACAAGGAUCAAUUGGGUGAUGUCUUGCAUUGGAUUCGACAAGCGGUAGCCCUGGUAUGUGGGUUACUAUGGGGAGCGAUACCUUUGGUCGGCGGUAUAUGGUUUAUCAUUUUUCUUGCAUUAUCCUCUGGGAUUAUAUACGGUUAUUAUGCAAUGAUACUUAAGGUUGAUGAAGAAGAUUUUGGUGGUCAUGGAGCUCUGCUCCAAGAAGGGCUUUUUGCUUCCAUAACUCUUUUUCUGCUUGCAUGGAUUCUGGUAUACAGCUUGGGUCACUUCUAAUUGGCUAAAGUGUUACAGAUUCAGCGACCAUCUCUAUCCGUAAGGAGUUGCUGAGAUUUUAGGUUCGGAUGCUUGAGGUGCUAUUGCGUAGCUUAACAAACAGUGAGAAUUUCUUAAGUAGUCAUUAUUAGUUGAUCUUUGCUUUAUGAUUGUUUUUAUCAUUCUGAACUUGCAGCGCAUGGGUGUGCUAGCAUUCUGGUUUGUGGUAAAUAGAUGUUUCAACAGUUGGCUUCAUAAACAUUAGCUCCUAUAUAGCGAUUCAUGACCCUCUACAACUGGUUAUCGAAAUUUUGGUUCUGCAACCUUAAAUAAAGUUUCAAUGAGCAAAAUUCUUGAGGUCCUAGAUUACUUGGUUCAAAUGUUAUUUCUCUUUAUUCUUUUCGAAGUACUUAGAAGGAAGUCCUUUGACGUAAAUAAAACGUGGAUUUUGGGAA